GCUCCGUCCGCUCAGACUCAGCCUCUGCCAGCAGGGGUCGCACUUCAGUCAGGGAUUCUCUGCGGAACCAUCGACAGGCAGCUCCUCAGAUCCAGGGAACACAGAGAGUGUGACACACUGACCGACCCGUGUAGAGAAGGUUCUUUGGCCAUGGUGUGAGGGGAUUAACCAACAUGGCUAACCGGCGUGUUCCACUAGUCCUGUUAGCCUGCGGCUCCUUUAAUCCCAUCACUAACCAGCACAUGAGGCUGUUUGAGCUGGCCAGGGACCAUAUGCACAGCACAGGCCAGUACCAGGUGGUGGGUGGCAUCGUGUCUCCAGUGAGCGACAGCUAUGGAAAGCAAGGCCUGGUACUGGCUAAGCACCGCAUUGCGAUGGCGAAGCUGGCGCUGCAGAGCUCCAACUGGGUCACGGUUGAUGAAUGGGAGAGCCAGCAGCCAGACUGGACGGAGACGGUGGUAACUAUGAGGUAUCAUUAUGUACGUAUUCUGAAGGAGUAUGAGGGAAGAGCAGGAAAGCACAAUAACAGUAACACCACUACACUCGCAGGACCCCAGCUGAAGCUCCUCUGUGGAGCCGAUUUCCUCGACACCUUCAAGAUCCCCGGCUUGUGGCAGGACGAGGACGUGGCGGAGGUGGUCGGGCGUUUCGGCCUCGUCUCUGUCAGCCGUGGCGGGCUGCAGCCCGAGCAGACUGUGCACGAGUCGGACAUGCUCUCCCGCCACCAGCAAAACGUUUUCCUGGUGAGGGAGUGGAUGAGGAAUGAGACGAGCGCCACAGAGGUGCGGCGGGCUCUGAGGCGGGGUCAGAGCGUGAAGUACCUGAUCCCAGACUCAGUGGUAGAAUAUAUUCACCAGCACAAGCUUUACACAGAGGACAGCGAGAGGAGGAAUAAGGGCACGGUGCUGAGGCCACUCACCAAGCACGCACAAGAGCCAGUGAACAGUCUGGAUGACUCGACCACAGCAGACCUCCUCGCCCGCAGAAACACAGCCAACAUGCCUUUUGAUCUGAAUGGAUAUUGGAAAAUGAUUUCCAAUGAUAACUUCGAGGAGUACCUGAAGGCUCUCGAUGUGAAUGUCGCCAUCAGGAAAAUCGCAACCUUGCUGAAGCCUGACAAGGAAAUCAGCCAGGACGGUGACCACAUCGUCAUCAAGACCCUCAGCACCUUCAAAAACUACAACAUGGACUUCCACGUGGGCAAAGAGUUUGAGGAGGAUCUGUCUGGAGUGGAUGACAGGAAAUGCAUGACCACCAUCACUUGGGAUGGAGACAAGCUGGUCUGUGUGCAGAAGGGGGAGAUCGAGGGAAGAGGCUGGAGCCACUGGGUGGAAGGAGAUGAGCUUCAUUUGCAAAAGAGGUUCUUGGUUCGAAUCCUGUUUCGUUCCAGUCUAUACACACACACAGCAGUGUCACCAGCUGCCACCAUGCCAGCAGACUUCAAUGGGAAAUGGAUACUGGAAACCAGUGAGAAAUUUGAGGAGUAUUUGAAAGCACUAAACAUCGACUUUGCCACAAGGAAAAUCGCCAUCUCCCUGUCUCAGACCAAAGUGGUCGCCCAGGACGGAGACAAGUUUGACUUCAAAACACUGAGCACCUUCAGGAAUUAUGAGCUGGCCUUCACUGUGGGGGUGGAGUUUGACGAGUGCACCAAGGGACUCGACAACAGGAACAUCAAGUGUCUGGUAAACUGGGACGGUGACAAGCUGGUGUGCAGCCAGAAAGGAGAGAAAGCAAAUCGAGGCUGGAAGCACUGGAUAGAGGGAGACAAACUUUACCUGGAGCUGACGUGUGAAGAUGUACUUUGCCUUCAGGUGUUCAAGAGAAAAGAAUAAAAUAUGUGCAAAUAUCUGUUUUUGUUUGGAUUUGCUUGGUUAACUAUGUCUUUGCUUGCUCCUCAGUGACAUGUUUCCCACAUUUGAACAAAAUGAAUAAAGGCAGUUUUUAGACAA